AAGUUACCAAUUACCAGUUACCACCUCCACACAAAGCGAUCUUCCGGCACUUUCGAGAGGGAAAGAGAUGGGUGCGUGGGCUAUAGCAGUGCACGGAGGAGCUGGUGUGGACCCAAAUCUCCCAUCGGAGAGGCAAGAGGAGGCCAAGAAACUCCUCACUCACUGCCUCAAUCUCGGCAUCACUGCUCUUCGCUCUUCCCUCUCCGCCAUCGAUGUCGUCGAACUCGUUGUGCGAGAACUGGAAACAGAUCCGAUAUUCAAUUCGGGACGUGGAUCGGCGUUAACGGAGAAAGGGACGGUAGAGAUGGAGGCGAGCAUUAUGGAUGGGACCAAGAGGAGAUGCGGGGCGGUGUCGGGGUUAACCACCGUCAAGAAUCCGGUAUCGCUGGCACGCCUGGUGAUGGACAAGUCACCUCAUUCUUAUCUGGCCUUCUCCGGUGCCGAGGAAUUCGCAAGGAAACAAGGUGUAGAACUGGUUGAUAAUGAUUUCUUCAUCACGGAAGAAAACGUUGGGAUGUUGAAAUUGGCUAAGGAGGCUAAUGCAAUCGUGUUUGAUUACAGGAUCCCAGUCGUAGGAUUAGGACUAGAAACAUGCAGUGUGGGCGCAGGUGCGAUGGAGAGCAAUUUGCAAAUGAAUGGGCUACCAAUCAGGGUGUACGCACCGGAGACGGUUGGGUGUGUGGUGGUGGACGGCCACGGGAGGUGUGCGGCGGCCACCUCCACCGGAGGGCUGAUGAACAAGAUGAGCGGCCGCAUCGGAGAUUCACCCUUGAUCGGUUCCGGAACCUAUGCCUGUGACCUCUGCGCGGUGUCUUGCACGGGAGAAGGCGAAGCCAUCAUACGUGGGACCUUGGCAAGGGAUGUGGCUGCGGUGAUGGAGUACAAGGGUUUCCCUCUACAGGAGGCAGUGGACUAUGUUGUUAAGAAGAGGUUGGACGAGGGAAAGGCCGGCAUGAUCGCGGUAUCGAAUAAAGGGGAGGUUGCUGUCGGAUUCAACACUACCGGUAUGUUUAGGGGCUGCGCCACCGAGGAUGGUUUCAUGGAGGUUGCCGUGUGGAAUUAAUUAGUUGUGCUCUACUGGUGAUAUAUCCCUAAUCUUUUGUCUUAAUUAUUCCUAAGAAAUUUACCUACUAGUGGUUUAUUAGGAAUAAAGCCAAAAGAAAAAAAAAAAGGUAUUAGCCUUACCGCCAUAGGGCAUGUCUCUCAAUCUCUUUCUUAUAAAGAAACCAUGAAUGGUAGAAUUAUGGAA